UUUUACCGCUUCAAUUCAUAUCAUUUUGUUUGUUUUUAUUUUCAUGCUGGGGCAUUGUGUUACCAAGUUGUAUGUUAUGCUUCUAUUCAAUUAUAUUUUUUUUAUUUGUUUUGUUUCGUUCAAUUCGCGCGUUUUCUUCCUCUAUGUUUCUCAGUUAGUGUAACAGACUGAGCAGAAGAUCAUGAAAAUUGAUGUAUAAGAUAGUCACUUCCUCUUUGGGCUUUUUCUUUUUUAGUUUUUUUUUUAAUUUAUCUUUUUUAGUUAAUUUUAUAAGUAAUCCAAAUUAUGUUUAGUUAUGUGGCAGCUUUUGCUUGUAUGGAGACAUGGGAAAAAUGGGGUAUGCCAUGAUUAGUUGUGGACCCAUUAUAGACUACUUUCACUGUUUAUUUGGUCUCGUAUGUUCAGUUGGUGCAGUUACUAGCAAUAAAUAGGUUGCUAACAUAAAUUUUAAUCAGUUAAGUAAGUCUUUUAAGAGUUGUUGGCUUUAUUUGGUGAGUGUCACCCCCUUACUAUAUUUGUUGGACUUAACAUCCCAACCUAUGACACCAAUAAUGGGGGCAGCACUUUAAACUGGAUGCAGCUCUGAGAAUUCUUAAGGAAAUAAAGUUGCACUCUUGCCAUUUGCUAUAGCUUCUGACCUAGUGGUAAUCACUUGAUCGGUUCUACAAGAGUAGUAAAUGAUACAAAUAGCAAAUAAAUUUAAAGUUUUACUUUUUCCACACAAUGCUUUGUGAGCUAGCAUACUACAAUCGGUGCUCAAGAGCUUCAACUUUUGGUGGCUUAUCAGUAUAAUUGUUCCUGGCUGCACAGAUGACUGGAAUGUCAAAGGAAGAAGGGUCAGCUGGUCCUAGUUGGGGUGCUUCAUUUUUUAUGCAGACAAGAGAGGAUGUGGUUAGAGCUGUUGCAGCUGCUGUUAACUCUCCACUGUCAUCAAAAGAUGAUAACACUGGUAGCCAACUUCAAAGGCUGCAGUAUCAUGUUGCAAAAAUGUUAAAAGGUUUUUCACACCCUCCUAAUGUUGAAAACACAAAUUAUAAUCCUGAAAUCCUGACUAGUCUGAAGCGUCAAUGGGCUGCAAACUUUCAGUUGCAGUACAUGGACCAUAGGUCUUGGAAGGAGCCCUCACAACUGUUUGAGAGCAUGGUGGUUGUUGGACUUCCUCCUAAUUGUGAUGUUCAGGCACUGCAAAGGCAAUAUGUUGAUAGAAAGUUUGAAGGCUCUGGUAAAUUGAGAAGUGCACUCGGUUAUCAGAAUCAAUCUCGUGUAGAACCCAAUAUUGAACCUCAGGUCUUAUUUGUUUACCCUCCAGAAAAACAGCUGCCUCUUAAAUGCAAGGAUCUUAUUUCUUUCUGCUUCCCUGGAGGCUUAGAGGUUUGUGCUGUUGAGAGAACCCCUUCCAUGAGUGAGUUGAAUGAAAUUCUUUUUGGGCAGGAACACCUUAAACAAAGGGAUCUGUCAUUUGUAUUCAGGUUACAGGGUGCUGAAAACUCAACACUUUAUGGGUGUUGUGUCUUAGUUGAAGAACUAGUGCAAAAGCCCUCUGGAUUGCUAUCUCUGAUUUCUGAUAAGCAGCCUUCUUACUCGUCUUUGAGACGACAUAUAUUAAUCACUCAGAGAUGUUACUGCAUUCUUUCAAGGAUCCCAGCUUUUGAAUUGCACUUUGGUGUAUUGAAUAGCAUCUUCACACAAGAAAGGCUAGAGCGGUUGACAAAAGGUGUUGGAGAUUUAAAUUUAGAAUUUGAUGAAGGUAACCAUAAGGAAGAAAACCUACAGGGCUACUUGGAGAGUGUUUUGGUGAGUGAUGGACCAAUAGAAGACAGACUUGGUGGAAAUACAGUAAUUUCUCAAUCAAGAGUGAGAAAGUCUACACCUGAAAAUAUUGUGGAUGAUGGUCAAUCAGAGCAUCUAAUGGUUGAUGGGGAGCUGCAGACAUAUAAGGAGAGAAUCAAUUAUGACGAUGCUUUGCUUACUGAUCCUGUAAAUGAUAGGACAACAGCCAAAGAAGAUUCUGGGCCUGCAAAUUCCGAAAAUAGUGAUCACUAUGGAGAUGCUUUUGCAACCAACAAACAAUCAGAUGACAAACAUUUACCUAAUGCUAUUUUGCCCCUUCUGCGCUAUUGCCAGUAUGAAAGUUCUGAAUCUUCCUGCAGUUUUCAAGGCUCGCCUUGUGAAGACAGAAAUUUUAGGAGUGAUGUUGAUGAUAAUGAGACAGAGGAAGCAUCUUUCUCUGGCCAAGAGGAUUUAAAUGACUUAAAUGAUAUUCUUGAGUGGGCCAAGGAAAAUAACCAUGGACCACUACAAAUUGUAAGCGAGUUUUACCGUUUAAGUUGCCCUGCCAGGGGCUCAUCACUUACAUUUCAUCCUUUGGAGCACUUGCAUCCCUUGGAAUAUCACAGAUCAGCUGAGACAGUUCUACGUCUUGCUGAUUCAACAGUUGAUUUGAAAACGUCCAGUACUGGUCUGGGAUUAGCUGAUGCACACAUUGCUCUUCUGGUGGAAGAGGCAAAUGCAUUAUCUUUAUGGGCUGUAGCUUGCUUGUGCGGUACAUUGAGACUUGAAAAUGUGUUAACAUUCUUUGCAGGAGUUCUACUAGAGAAGCAGAUAGUUGUUGUCUGUUCUAAUUUGGGAAUCCUAUCUGCUUCAGUUUUAUCAGUUAUUCCGCUAAUCCAGCCUUACCGGUGGCAAAGCCUGUUAAUGCCAGUUUUACCAAAUGACAUGCUUGAGUUUUUAGAUGCACCUGUCCCUUAUGUAGUCGGUAUUAAGAACAAGACCAGUGAAGUUCAGUCAAAGUUUACCAAUGUUAUUCUGGUUGAUGCCGAUAGAAACCUGGUGAAGUCACCAACAGUUCCCCAACUGCCAAGACAGAAAGAGCUAGUCUCUUCUUUACGUCCUUAUCAUGAAACUCUUGUAGGAGAAAGUUACUUGGGUAGGAAAAGACCAGUAUAUGAAUGCACAGAAGUGCAGAUUGAAGCUGCGAAGGGGUUCCUUUCAGUGUUAAGAUCUUACUUGGAUUCUCUUUGCUGUAACAUCCGUUCUCACACAAUCACCAAUGUACAAUCCAAUGACGAUAAGGUAUCAUUGCUUCUGAAGGAGAGUUUCAUUGACUCAUUCCCAUAUCGUGAUUGGCCUUUUAUGAAGCUUUUCGUGGAUACACAGCUUUUUUCUGUGUAUACAGACCUUGUUCUCUCUUUCUUACAAAAGGAAUAGGGCUGCCAUGCAAAACGUUAUGGUAAUAUUAUAUUUAGUUUCAAGCUUGAACGCAAGUUCAGUGUUUAUAAUUUUCCUAAAUUGAGUUAAAAUUUCCCCCCUUCAUGCAGUCCCUGCCCCCAAAACGGUCCCCGGGCCCUUUUUUCUUAGGCUUUGUGUGUCUGGGGUACCUGUAAAUAUAUAUUUGAAUGUUGUAUUCAAGCCUAAAAGGGUUACAAGGGUUUCAUUCUAUGUAAUUUUUCCCCCCAUGCAACAAGACUAAGAGAUGAUUAAUCUUAUGCUAAAUUUAAAUCUAUUGCGACCAA